AUGUCCAACCAAAAGAACCAAAGAAACAGUGCUGCCUUCGUGUAUGAACUCAGCAACGCUCUCUUGAAAGAGGAGAAGGACGCGCACGACUGGGCCAAUCUCGACGAGCAGGCAGCGAACGCGAUGGAUCCAGCUUUCGCCCUGAGACUUGAGGCGGCUGAGAAACAGGUCGCCGCUACACAUCUUCGCGCAGUAUACGCAGAGAAGAGGCUGGAGGUUGAAAAGAGGUUGCACAAGACCGCGUCAGAUGCGCUGAUCCUCCAGAUCACGAAACAGAUGGUUGAGGUUGCGUCUGGUAGCGCGACGCUGUUGCCACAAAAACGCAAACAGGAGCUUUCUGAGAACUCAGAUGGUCCUGCUAAGAAAUCCAAACAAGCGAUUGUCGUAUGCGUCGAGUGCUUCAAGUCCAAGCUCCACAAGCGGUGCGACAGUGAUUCCCCAUGCUAG